CAUGAAGUCAACAACUUAAGAGAAAUACAAGCUAUGCGCCAUUUAAACCCACAUCGAAAUAUUCUUGACCUUCAGGAAGUAAUAUUUGAUAAGAAAUCCGGUGUUUUAGUUCUGAUCUGUGAACUGAUGGACAUGAACAUUUAUGAAUACAUUCGAGACAAAAGAAGUUAUUUAUCCGAGAGGACAGUGAAAAAUUAUAUGUAUCAGCUGUGUAAAUCAAUCGACCAUAUACACAGGCUUGGAAUAUUCCAUCGAGAUGUGAAACCAGAGAAUAUUUUACUUAAACUCCAUGAAAAUCUUCUGAAAUUGGCUGAUUUUGGAUCUUGUCGGAUGCUGAGCUCUCCACCCCCCUACACAGAGUAUAUCUCCACUCGGUGGUACCGUGCUCCAGAAUGCUUAUUAACAGAAGGUCACUAUACCUACAAAAUGGACAUUUGGAGUGUAGGAUGUGUUUUCUUUGAAAUCAUUUGUCUGCGACCAUUAUUUCCUGGAGUCAACGAAGUCGACCAAAUUGCCAAAAUCCACGAUGUUAUUGGGACACCGAGUAGAGACUUGCUCAACAAAAUUCAGAAAUGGUCACGAGGUGUACCGUACAACUUCUCAGAUAAGAGAGGUACAGGAAUUGCCAAGUUGAUACCACAUGCCUCUCAAGAAGCUGUCAAUUUGAUACAGUGCUUAUGUUCAUAUGAUCAAGAUGAAAGAAUCACAGCUCACCAAGCACUCAAGCUUCCUUACUUCCGAGAAUUUAGAGAUAUUGACCAAGUGAGACUGAAAUCUUCGACUAAGAUGAUGGAUGUGAGUAAAAAGAAUAUUUGUCUCGACAAAGAUCUCACGGCUCCUCUUCCAAAAAUAUCUGAGGAGGGCAAGAAUGAUUCCAAUAGUAAGUUUUCUGUGAUAACCAAUUUACCAAAAGCUCAGUCGUUGCCCUCACAUCUCAGCCAUCACAAGGAGAGAAGAAAAGUAAGUUUUUUUCUUUUCUUUUUAAAGAAAACUAUUGUCUUUAUAUCUAUGUUGAGACAGAGAUUUACUUGUAACUAA